UAUUUUAGAUUCAUAUUUACCCUUAUCUCCCCCACCCCCACCCCACUUCUCUUGGCAGGGUCCAGAUUCCCAGCCUGGGAAGGGGACCUGGGAGAGAAGAGGGGGACCCUUAGGAUGGAGGGCCUCGGGGGCUCUCGAGGGCCCCAGGUGGGGAGCAAGAUCAGACAGGGUUUCUUGUGAGGGCGGCUGGACUGUGAGGAAGCUCCAGCUGAUGGCCAGGAAAGCCCAUGGUCGCAGCUGCUGGAGCUGAUCUGAGAGCCACAGGUCCUAGUGGGGCUCUGUGGGAGUGUGGGGUCUACGGGCAGCAGCGUGUGAAGCCAGAAUCCUGUCCGUAGCAGAGGCAGUCCCUGGUACCUGGUGGAGAGAAUGAACCACAGGCUGCCACAGUCCACCUCUGAGCGCCACAGCGCUGCCAGGUGUUCUCUGUGUGGGGCUGUGUCCUCCGUGGGCACCAAGAGCUCCUGUCCUCCAGAUGAAGGGGAGUAGAGUAAGUGCCGUGUCAGGUGGCACAGUGUCGUGGAGGAAUGCGAGGUGGAGUUAGGCUUGUGACUUUACCCAGAGUGCCGGGGAAGGCCGCGCUGAGGAGGUGGUCCCUAAACGAGGUGAGGGGGGCCAUGCCAAGAUCUGAGACAGAGCACCCCACGCAGAGGGGCAGCCAGCGCAAAGCCGGGGGCUUCUGAGCAGCAUGACCUGUCCCCCAUCAUGUUCCAGGCACAAGGAACCAUCAGGAAAUGUCCCGACAACCGGAGCAUUAGCCAACCAGGCCACUCUGUUUCCUUUCUCCCAUCUCACGCACAGAUCGAGUCGGGGCACCGUGCUGAUGCCGUGGGUCCCCCGGAAUGGAGAGCAGCCUGGCUGGUGCCAGCACAGGAGACCGGCUGGUGAUGAAGAUCAAGCCAGAGAAGCCAGAGUGGCUGCUGCAGACCCUGGCGCCGCCGGCCGCGCUUUCCAAGGACAAGGAAAACAUUUUCCAGCAGCCCCUGGGCCUCCCACCACGCCAGGCUUUGGGGAAACCCCGAUCCUUGGGGGGACAGGAGGAGACUGGGGGUCCCAGGUGGACCGCUCCCACUGAACAGGAUGCUGGGCUGGGAGGCCAGGUUCCGGGGGCAGCCCCCGGCCCCCUGAGCCCCGUUCUGUCUGCCAGCGAGGGUCAUUUCGUGUGCCUGGACUGUGGGAAGAGGUUCAGCUGGUGGUCGUCCCUGAAGAUCCACCAGCGCACCCACACCGGGGAGAAGCCCUACCUGUGCGGCAGCUGCGGCAAGCGCUUCAGCCAGAAGCCCAACCUGGCGCGCCACCGGCGCACCCACACGGGGGAGCGGCCCUACCGGUGCGCCGCCUGCGGGCGCAGCUUCAGCCAGAAGCAGCACCUGCUCAAGCACCAGCGCGUGCACCUGGAGACCCUGUCGCCCACCCCCAGCGUCAAGGUCGAAGCACUUUAGUGCACCUGGAUCCGAGGGGACCCGCGGGGGGUGUUUGCGGGGUUGCCUGUGGGGAAUGGCCAGAAUGGUGGCUUUUAGCACCCCAGGGGGUAAGACCCUAUCACAAGGCUCUGAAGGCCUGAGAACAGAAUUCCAGAAGCACCCCAAAGGGAGACCGCAAAAAGGUCCCCGUGGGCUGAGGGAGACGGUGGGAUCAGGCAUUCCUCACCCUGGAGCUGGGAUGUGUCCCUGACAGGUUGAGGGCCAACCCCGUAAACUUCCUCAGAGGUGGGAUCCCAGCCCUCAGGCACCAGGUGGGGGCCUGUUGGGGGCUGAAGGAGAGGUUCCCUGGCGUGAAAUGGCCCAGGUCUGGACUGGUCAGCGGUAGUGCCGCCUGCCACACGCAGGCGAGGGAGGGGCGCCCAGCACUUCAUGGCCAUUCAACACAUAGUUUUGGAAGGAGUGAGUGGUUCUGUGGCCCUCAACUGUGAGUGCCCCACUGUGAGGGUGCUGUUAUGGCCCGCCUGUCCCCAGGACGGGAAUGUGGGAGACGGCCAGGGGCUGGAGGGGUGUGGUCUCAGCCGAGGUUCGCUGGCUUGGGAAGGUCCUGCAGCAGGGAAGAGCCAAACCUGCUGCUCCCACUCCGUGGGCCUGGGGCAUGCGGGUCACUGACUUGGCUCCUUACAGAAGAGGAAAAUGAAGGCUUGGCCAUCUCACAUGGUCUCAUUGUCUUUCUUAAGCUUCCCUUCCUGAUCUCCGAUCUCUGAUCUCUGGGUCUCUGUGUGCUCUGAGGGACCAUUUGCCCCAGGACCAGGGUAAGGAGCUUUGGCCACGAGCAGAGCAACUGCCCGCACCCAAUUCUCUCUCCCUCUUCCAAUACAAUUCAUCUCUUUCCACAUGUUCCCCUCAACCUGCAGCCCCCAAGAGUCACUCCUCAUGCUUUCCCAAAGCCAAACCCAGGGCUCCAGCCCAGCUGUAGCUUGGACUAUAUUUUCCCACAGGAGGGGAGGGAAUUGUAGAGAGGGGUGGGUGUUGGGGUGCUAGGGUUGGAUAGGUGGGAGGAAAAAGAGGGGACCUAGCUAAUUCUGUAGGAGGAUGAACUAUAUGUACCUGCCUCCCGGGGCUCGUGGGGUUCUCUGAACUCACAGAUGUGUUUCCUUUUCCAGGACGUGGCUGUGUUCACCCUGGCUUCUGGUUACCCCUCUUCCCAGGUUUUGUUUAAUCCCUUUCAUCUGGGAGGAGUUCUAAUUGUAGCAUCACAGAAAGACCUUUGGAGGUGAUGACUCAGCUUACCUGGGGAACACAGUGCUGGUAAUGGUUAGUGUGCAGCCAGGGCUCUGACUCGUGGUCCAGGUCUUUGAUCAUAAACUAUGCAGUGUGAAAUCUCACGACCAUGCAGGGUAUCCCAUCCUUCAAUCAACUCUCAGGACCAGGCAGAAGCCAAAUCAGAAGGGUUUUCCUAGGCCCCCUCUCUGACCCACACCAGUCCUAAGUGCUCCCCUUUCUCCCUGUAAUGCCUGCCUGGCUCCUCCCCCAGACAGUAGGUUUGGAUCUCAUCAAAACCCACUUUAGCUUGGCCAGUGUGGCUCAGGGAUUGAGCAUUGACCUAUGAAGCAGUAGUUCACAUGUGUUGGGCAGGACACAUGUCCGGGUUGCAGGCUCGAUCCCCAGUAGGGGUGUGCAGGAGGCAGUCAAUCCACGAUUCUCAUCAUUGAUGUUUCUCUCUCUCCCUUCCUCUCUGAAAUCAAUAAAAAACAAAACAAAAACAACAACCCCAAACCUACCUUAACCAUGGGGAAGGCUCAAGAGUCCUUUGCUUCUUCCUCUUUGCCACUUAUCAAAUCUGGAGACCAACUCAAGUGGGCCCACCUACUCCAGGAAGGCAUCCUAGAAUACCAUGCCGAGAGAGCCGCUGUCUGCAAGGACGGACCUGCAGAAACGCUGGAGCCCGUGGAAGCAGGUGCCUGAGGGGCAGGGCAGGCACACACUGCAGAGACAGGCAGGGGAAUUUCUGUACCAUCGCUUGUUAUCUUCCACAAGUGGCCUGUGUUCAGUGACCAAAUCAAACAGCUGUACUGGUAGGACUUAGGGUUAAUGAGGCCUAAUCACAGCUUUUUCCCUCCAAGCAAAAUCAUGAGAAUGCCUGCUUGCUGACCCCAGGUGACGGAUUCUCUCACCAAUGGGUGCUUUGGGUCACAAUGGGGAUAGGGCCAAGCCCAUCAGAGCUGCAUGACCUGUUGACCAGGACAGGGGAUGACACACAUUGACCCAUUAACCAAGCCUCCUGUGUGACAGGCGCUGUGCCAGACUUCAGGGAUGCUGUGAUGCAUAAGCCACUGUAUCAGUCAGGUUGGGCUGCCAUAAUAAAAUACCACUGGGGGCUUACCCAACGCAGUCUGGAGGCUGGGAAGUUCAAGGUCAAGGUGCUGGCAGAUUUGGUCCCUGGUGAGAGCUUCCUGCCUUGCAGAUGACAACCUUUUCUCUGUGUCCUCUUAUGGUGGUGGGUGGUGGGGGGAGGGAGGAAGGGCCCCAAACAGUGCUCUGGUCUCUUCCUCGACUUAUAGAGACACUAAUCUCAUCAGGAGCAGCCCACACUCAGGACCUCAUCCAUACCUGUCUCCCAAAGGCCUUAUCUCCAAAUGCUAUCACAUUGGGGGCAGGGCUUUAAAUAUGGAUUUUUUGGGGGGAGGGGGACGAGGGGAGAGACAUGAUUCAGUCAAUAGCAAUCACAGUCUCUCCCCUUGAGAAGCUCACUGACCUUCACAGAAUCUCACUUUAAUGCACACACAAUUUGGAACAAUCUAUAUGGCCAGCUCUUGAACACAUUGUCCCAGCCCCGGCUCUCUUAGUGAGGCUUUCUUGUUCAUCUCCUUUAGUCUCCCACCAGGCAGUCACCUGGGCAGGUAACGAUGCAGGAAAGGGGGAUGGGGACUGUUGGGCUUGUCCAGCAGGUCCUGUUGCAAAUCGACAGCAGGUCCCCAGCCCCCAGUUAACCUAACCCUCUUCCAGGGUCACAAUCACAGGCUUCUCCAAGGGAGGCCUGACAUUGUCAACUUCAAUUUCCAUUGCCUUUCAUUUUAAAAUAAUAACACUAGGUCAGAGAAGAUUUAGGAAGAGCCACACCAUGAAGUCAAAGACAAGAAGGUCGGGCCUAUCCUAGUGGUUUAUAAUUCAAAACGCUCAGGAGCACGCUGAGAUCAAAGGGUUGCUGAAGGGAACAGAAAACCACCACAUUUAAAACAAAAAUCGUAAAGAACAUAUCCUGUCCACGGCCAGGCAAGUGCAAGCCUGUGGUGGGGACGCGUGGCCACGCUUCUAGCAGGCCAUGUGAGCGUGGUGGAGCUGGGGUCCAGAACCGCCGGCACAGUCCUGUAUUCCAUCCUUAGGAGCAGGCCGGGAGCUAGAAAUUUGACUUAGGUCCUUGGAAAGUGGUUGUGCUCUGGCAAGCGCCGUGAGCUUCAAGUCAGCGGUAAGGUGGCCACCUCCUUGCCAGGGUUUGGUGCCCCAGUGCCCAGCCCCGGGAGCUUCCCCUGGGAGAGAGGGCUUGGAGGCCAAGGCGGAUGCGGGCAGCUGCACUGACCUGGGAGAGAGCGGGCCCAGUAGGGACUUGGCAGUGAGUGCCUAGUGUACGUUAGGGAUGCUACUGAGAUUUUUUUCUUUUUUAAAAAAUUGGGUUUGGAAAAGAAAUAUCCUAGGCCCUUUGUUAAGAGGAAUAGUAUUGGGGCUGAAACCAGUAUGUUUUCACACAUCACUGCCCUGACAGGAUCACAGCAUAGAAGAGAGGGAAAUGCAUGGUGGCCCGUAGCGUGUCCCCUGGGGUAAGACAGAACGGUUUCUCCUAGGUUACUCAGAUCUAGAGGGAGAGGCGCUAGGCCAGCAGAACUUUCUGGGAUGAUGAAAAUGUUCUCUGUUUGCUGCCUGAUGCCAGAGCCUUCAGUCAGUGGUGCUUGAUCGCUUAACCUGUGGCUAGUGAUGCCCUGGCUGGGUAGCUCAGUGGA